AUUGGUCGCGCUUGGAAGGGAGAUGCAGCCGUGCUGCCUAGUUUGCCGGGCCUCUACCGACGGUGGCGGAGCCCUAGGUGUCGGCCUCGUCUUUCUCUCGAUACCGGCGAGAAAACCCCUAUAUUUCUCUUGGAUCGGUUUCGGCCUUAGAUACUGCGAUCGUCUCAGCCGCGGUGCAGGGCCUGUUGUUGCCGCGGUCGCCGAGUCUAGUGGCGGAGCGGAUCAGGACCACUACUCCGUGCUCGGUAUCCGCCGUAACGCCACAAUGGCCGAAAUCAAGCAUGCUUAUCGGUUGCUUGCUAGAGAGCAUCAUCCAGAUGUCAGCCGGGAUCAGCAAGCUGGUGAAGUUUUCAAGAAAAUUCACUUGGCAUAUGAGGUGCUAUCUGAUGAAGUAAAGCGUGCAAGGUAUAACCUGACUUACAGGUUCCCCGCUGUCCCUAACCAAUCAAGGCGAAAGAUCUACAAUUGGGAAGAACUAAGGCAGCAGAUGCACGCCAAAAGGCAGAAGAACAAGGAUGAUUCGUGGACCUAUCAAGCCCAAAAGAACCAAGAUACAACUUCCUACGAAAGAGAACCAUUUGUCGAAGUCCUCCGAUUCGCCUUCUUCGCUCUCUUCUUCAUGCAGACCAUCGGCUGUCGUGCGUCCCUCACGCUAUGCGGAAUCUCCGCUUUCCUUGACAGGCAAUUGGAUGCGGGGUAUAAGAUGGGGUAUGUGAUGGCUUGGUUUUUAGGAGGCAGGACAGGGUGCUGUUCUUACCUUGCUUUACAUGUCCAUGAAGCUGCGGCUUGAUUCUGAGGGAACAAGGUAAGUAAGCACCAUUGAAUUUCUCUUUUUUUUUCUAACCGUAUAUUUUCUGUAUAUAUCCGUGUGAUUGGGAGCUGAUAAAAAAAGAAAAUAUUUACUAUAUUUCUCAAAGUAUUGCGUCUUUUUUUGGUAUAUGGUCGAUGAAAACUCAACUUAAGUGAGGUUGAGUGAGACUAACCACGAGAAUUGAAACAAAUGGUGAAAGUUGAGAUUGUGAGAAGGGGCAUAUUGAUUUCCAAACUCAAAUCCUUUUGAAAGUUGUAGCUUAAUGCUAUAUGCCUCGAAAAAAUUGGAGUAAUUACAUACAUCCCCGCUCAAUUCCUAUGUAUUUUUGCAUCAUGACAUCUUAUUUAUCUAUACAUGAGAAG